AUGACUUUCGAUGCACCCAGGAUGCCCAACAAGGCCCUCCACUGCUACCUCCUGAUGAUCAUCUGGAUCCUGCUCUUGGUCGCAGGUGUUUACAAAUUCCUCGAACCGCGACAGCGGCCCCCAGAGCCGGCGGUCACCGCCGAACUCUUCCACAACCUCGCCAACGACAUCAAAACACGGCGAAUUUUCAAAAUUUGUAACUUCCCGCACGAGAUCACCGACGGGGAUGAAGGUGCCCUCCACAGCAAAAAGUGGGUGAUGACGGGUGUCAUCAUUUUGAUCAGGCAUGGGGACAGGGGGCCCCUCCAACACGUCAGGAAUAUCUCGGCGGUCAAUUGCGGCUCGCAAGAAACAGAAAAAUUGAUUUCUUACAAGUCGUAUCUCCACAACGUGACAAUCUCGGGCCGCGCCCCCUGGACUGGCCCCGGCCCCUUCCACGACUUCCCUCUGCUCCCAACCCACCCCCGGCAGUGCCAACUGGGCCAACUCACCAUGCAAGGCAUCAGCCAACUCCUCAAACUUGGGCAAAUAUUACGCCAAACCUACCUUCACGUUUGGCCAAAAAUCGCCACUCUAACACCCAGCGAAGUCCUAGUCUACAGCACCCGCUAUCGGCGCACCUUCCAAUCAGCCCUCUCGUUCUUAUUCGCUUUAAUCCCUACAGAAGCGUUCACAAAAUUAUCAAUUUUUGAAAGCCAAUCAAUGAAUUUCUGCUUCAAAGACUGCGGGUGCCCCAUCACCGACAAGUUAUGGAAAGGGGUGAAAAAAUCGAUUUCGCACCAGUUGAAAUCGCACCCGGCCGUGGCCGUCCUGGCCGAAGCCACGGGGAAGUCCCUGUUUUCCACCGGGGCGGAGCAGGGGGUCCUCGGCGGGGACCCCCACGCCGUCAGAGACGCACUCUUGACUUACGUUUGCCACGGCAGUGGGCUCCCGUGUGAAACCCCGACGAAUUGUAUCAAGCGGCAGAACGUUGCUGGUGUUUUUGCUUACACUGACUGGGUCAACUACCAGAAAUGGAGGAACGCUUUUUGGAAAAGAUUGUGUCUUUUGCGGUCUUACGGUUUGAUAAGACACAUCGUGCAACAAAUGUUGCACAUGGUGUCCAAUAACGGCCCCUUUCUGGUGCUUUACUCGGGGCAUGACCACACUGUGGAGCAGCUCACCACGGCCCUAGGGCUCCAGAACGACCCCCUGUUGUUGCGAUAUGGGGCGCGGGUCGUUUUCGAAGUGUACCAAAACUACGAAGAGUCGCAAAACGGCGCCAAAGGCAUUUAUUUCCGCGUGUUAUCGAAUGGUAGAGACGUGACACGACAGGUGAGUUUUUGUAAAGAUAUCGUUUUGUUGGAAAAUAAAGUAAGUUUGUGUAAAAUCGAGGAUAUUGUGAGAUUUAUCCACGAUGAUUAUUUCGUUUCGUUGAACGUAACGAAUUUUAAAGAUGCGUGCAGUAGGAAUGAGUAGAAAUUUGAGUUGUUAGGUUUCUGAAACUGUGAUUGUAUCAGACGUGUUUUCGUUUUGAGAGCAGAAAUGUGAUAGGUCAAUGACGCAAAAAUGAAUGGAAUUGUUUCCAGUCAAGGCACAAAACGGUUGUGAGCCUGUUCAAGAAAUGAAUUCACGCUCUUGAAGGGAUUUUAUUUCUUCUGUCUUCCGUGCUUGCUUAUUAUAGGUUGCGAAAUAACCGAUAUUUUUAUUUUGACUCAAUGAAACAAAAGCACUUAAUUAUGAAGGAUGAUUGCCUGGAGCCCUGAUGAUUAUUUUUAGUGUUUUCGUACAGAUAUGUUAUCCACAAGUGAAAACAAUAAUUAAUUAAUGUGAUGUAACAAUGAACAAACUGUAAUCUCAUAAACCCGUUAUUUAUUCUAAUCUACACUUUUGUAUUGUGACGUUGGGUUGUUAUUUGUUUUCAUCUUUUUACUUGAAAAAUAAAAGUAGAAACUUU